UUAGAAUUUUUUUUUUACAUUUAUAGAAAAGGAUCAAGAAAAAUAAAAUAAAAACCUUUAUUUUGACAUGUAAAUAGUUCAUGUAUUGUCAACAAAAGUUGCACUAUUAAAAUUCCAGUUUGCAACUGUGUCCGCUAGACAGCGCAAGAAUAAAAAAUAUGAAGUUUAUUUACUCUGUCUUAAAUAUCAUUUAAAUAUUAUUACGUAUAUAAAUAAUUUCUGAUGUUAAUCAUCUUGUGCUAAAACAUAAAUGUUAUGAAAAUUAUGCUGAGUAAAGACAGAAACAAUAAUUACAAAAAAUAGUCAAUCAUAUUUGUUAACAACCUAACCUAGAAAAUAUAUAAAUCAAUCAUGUUCCGGCUCAUUUGGUUAAUUAUUGCUGGACUUUAUUUAGUUAAUGAAAGUGUAGCUUUAAAUAAUGAUUAUAAUGAUUCUUUUGAUGAAGAAUUAUUCAUAAAACCCUUACCCAGUGGUCAUGUUUACGCUUAUUUCCAAUUUACUACUUUAUGGAAUAUUACAAAGCAACAUAAUUUACUUCAUCAUUCACAUCUUUUUCCUAGAGGAUUAGCAGUAUUAAUAGCUAGACAUAAUGUCGAUGAAUUACACAUCAGUUUAACGUCUGGUCUAUGGAGACAUCAAAAAUGGGGAUAUCCUGUUUAUGAUGCUGGACCUGGUGCUGAAAUAUGGGCUUGGUUUAAUGAAAGUGUUGAUGAUGUCGAUGAGGCUUGGAAAGGCCUUACGAGUGCACUAUCAGGAUUGCUAUGUGCUUCAUUUAAUUUUGUAGAUUCUUCCAAUAGUUUAUCUCCUGAAUUUAGUUUUAGACCUACAGGUGUUCAUGAACAUACACCAAAUUCCAGUCAUUUGCGAUACUCCUCAUUGCCGAGAGAAAUUGUUUGUACUGAAAAUCUUACGCCAUUCAAAAAAUUAUUACCAUGUGAUUCAAAAAAAGGUUUAGUGACCUUAUUAAAUUCAGCCUAUAUUCACAAUACUAAUUAUCAUUCUAUUGGAAUCCACUUCCGUUCAAUUUGUGGUAAUGUUGAAUGUACAAAAACUUCUUUAGAAUUACGACAAACAGUUUCCCUUGUUUAUGAUUUGAUGGCUGAUGAAAAUCAAGACUGGUCUGUGAGAAAACUCUUUGGAAUGGGCCUCCAAGGUGUAUGUCCUUUAGCUACGCUUAGUAAUAUAUAUGUUGAUGUAUCAACUAAUGAAACAAUUCAUACAUACCAAAUAACACCACCACCAAGUUCUACUAUACUAAGUAUACGUGGUGGUCAACAUAGUAAAAUAGCAUUUUAUGACAAUAGAUCAUUUACUAGAAAAGGAAUAUUGAAUGUUGCUGCUGUUCAUAAUAAACCAAGAGCAACUUCUGUUAAUUAUCCAGCAAUAUUAUCAGCUAAUAGAUAUAUUAUUGACUUUGGUCAAGAGAAGUGUAGUCUUAUAACAAAGUUAUACAACAAUCAUUGGCAGUCAAUUGACGUUAUUUUACUUGAAAAUAUUCCAUGGUACUUAUCUGUAUAUGUACAUACGUUGGAAAUAACUCGAGGAGAUGAAAUAGUUAAACCACUUGCUUUACGAUAUCUCCCAGGUCAAGAGCGAAAAAAGCCAUACUACCUUGAACUAAUUAUACGAUUGCCUCCUAGAUCAGUAACGAAAUUCUCAAUUAAAAUGGAUUAUCUAUUUCUUAAAUGGCAAGAAUACCCACCUGAUGCUAAUCAUGGUUUUUAUAUGGGUCCAGCAAUAAUCACAGCAAUAUUGCCGUCUGCUAGAAAUUAUACUGGAUUACCCAUUGAUGGAAGUACCAUUACAUCAAGUUUCAACGCUUCUAGACCUGGAUAUCUAGUUCAGUUGAGAACGGAAACGAUACUUAUUAGUCUACCAACACCAGAUUUUAGCAUGCCAUAUAAUGUGAUUUGUUUGGCAUGUACAGCGAUAGCAUUAGCUUUUGGACCUCUGCAUAAUAUUGCAACUAAGAGGCUGGUAGUUAGAAAUACGGAGCCAGGUUGGAAGGAGAAAUUGAUUAUUGCUUUAAAAUCCAAAUUCUUUAAACAAAAAGAUAAGAAAGAGUAGUAUUUUAAUUUAUCUGUAAAUCGUUAGAAAAUUUAUUUUUCCUCAAGAAUUUUAAAAUAAUUUCGAUUAACAGUAAUAGCGUAUGUACAAUAAAUAUAUUUUU